GCGCGGCGGGGCGGGGCGGGUGGCGCGGUGUCCCGGCAGGACGCUAUGGCGGCGGGCGAGCAGCAGUGCCGCGAGUACCUGCAGCGUCACCGUAUCCCGCAGCUGCUCCACCGCCUCGCAGCUUUGGUGCUCUACCACCGCCCCGAAAGACCACGCGAGUUCCUGAUCCAGGCGCUGGAAAAGGUGAAGGCUGGAAGACGAGCUGAGGGAGAUUACCCUUACCUCAUGGACGAGGACAACCUGGUGGCCAUGUUCGGUUUGCUGGAUGUUCUAGGCCAAGGCCACAUAACGCCAGCGCAGUACAGAGAAGCACUCAAAACUUUGGGACUGAGCACUGAAGAUCUGCGGUUAGGAGAUGAUGUAAAUAUCACACUGGAUGUAUUCAAGGAAGAAGUGAAGAAAAAGAUGCUGGAGAGUUGGGCUGUGUAAUAGUGUGAGCCGUGGUCUACUAUCUAUAUUAAAAAUAGGCAUUUUGCUCAAUUUUUCUGGUUUGUCAGCUGUGCAUAGCUGACUUUAAGAUGUAUGCACUUACUCUCAUUUUCCUCACGCUGUUUAAGCAAUCUGCUGAAAAGGACAGAUGACAAGAACUUCUUCAUGGAAAACAUUCAACAGGCACUGGAGGAACAGCUUUUGAGUAUUGCUUUUCUUAAUACAAUUUUUAAAAGUAGACAUCUCUCUUACACAAAUAAAAUAUUGUUUUGGAGUUUCCUUCUUCAGUUUGUAGCUAGGUUACAGUAAGGGGUUGUUACUUGUUGGAUCAUUACCAGUGAAUAAAAUUAACU